GCUACGAAUAAUGCAAUAACUAAUAGUGGAGUCUGAAGAGUCGAGUUUAUUUUCUAUUUGAAAAGUCAAUGAUCUAUCCUAUUAACUGCAUUUGCAAAAAUAGGCAAAACUAAGACAUGUGCUCAAAUUGUAUAUGAUUGUUUUGUUUUGGCUCACCUAUUGCAUAAAAUGUUUUAUAUUUCUUAGUUUCUAAAUUGUAUUUUUCUUUGAACAAUUUCCUGGUAAUUCCGUUGCUCUUGGAUUAUUUAUAGGGUCGAUUUGUAACGCAGAAGAGACCUCUAAAGAUGUCAAGCAGGAGAUAUAACUUUUUCCUUCUUGGGGUGACAUGUCUUGUAUUUCUUACAUUUUCGAAAUCUUCUGGGACACUAGUGAGGCGUUCAGCCCAUAAAGGGCACGAGAUGCAGCGGCUGCAGAGGCGAACGGCGGGCAGGUACCACCACGCGACCGUGAAUUAUCAAGUUUAUCACACUCAGUGGAGAAUGACUACGACUUCAAAACCCAAAUUAAAACAGAAACAGUACCAUUUUAAUGGAAAGAAGUACUGGAAAUACGCAACUAAUGUGACACUUCAGUUAAAUGGGACUAACGUAUGUGGAAACAGGUGCUGCCACGGAUGGACCGUUUCACCCAAGACUCAGAAAUGCACUAAACCAAGAUGCCUUCCACGUUGCCACAACAGAGCCGUGUGCAGGCAGCCCAACAUCUGUGAAUGCCGAACGGGCUUCUACGGGGCCCGCUGUGAGUUUGCAAGCAUGACCUACGGCCUCGUAGGCCUACCCUGGGCCUUCCUGCGCCCCACCAGCCCCAUGGUCAGCACCACCACCACCCUUUCACCAACCACCACCCUCUCACCAACCACCGUCAUCCCCACCACCACCCCAGUGCCCACUGAGACCACAGCUGCAUGGAGGACAGAGGGGACACCAGUCAGCACUGUGCGCUGGAAACCUCUUACUCUGCAGGAGGCUCAGUCAGUGCUGCUAAAGCAGGCAUUGGCCCGUGGGGGCCGAGGCGACAAGAUGACCUCCAUCCUGAUGAAACACAUCGAGACAGAGCGGAAGAAGCUUCAGUCAGCCUCACCGUCAGACCUACAGGACACCCGGACCACCAGUGUCAAGAGCUUCCACACCCAGAAGGGCCAGUACACCAUCCACGUGAGCCCACCUGCAGCCAGAAACCAGACCGCCGGCCACCGAGGAGGAACAGCAGCAGGAAGGAGAGGAGCUGAGCGCAUCAAGGUGCUCUUCACCCCGACCGUCUGCAAGGUGCGCUGCACCCAGGGACGCUGCACCAACUUUUGCGAGCAGGGCAAUGUGACCGCUCUCUACAUCAGUGAACAGGGGGACCGGGCUGCGGUGGGACCGGGCUUCAGAGUCUUCCUGUGCCCCAUGUUGUGUCAAAAUGGAGGGGUCUGCAUCCAGAAGGACCGCUGCCUCUGCCCGCCAACCUUCACCGGCAAGUUCUGCCACAUCCCCGUGGCCACGCCCUCCACCAAUGACAUUGAGAAGCCUCCGCGCAUCACCUCGGUGCUGGCCAGUCAGCAGCUGCUGACCCAGUCGGAGUACAUUCUCCCCCUGCAGAGCCAGCAGCAGAGCCACAGUCAGCCCAGCGGUGCAUCUGGCUCAUCCAUGGUGAAGGUGCGGGUGCAGCACCCACCAGAGGCCAGCGUGAAGAUCCACCAGGUGCUGAAGGUGGGCUAUGGGCCAGGCACGGUUAGGGAGCAGUCGGAGACGGUGACCUGGUCAGCAGGCCUCUCGGGGGCCAGCACCAGUGUUCUGCCAGGGGAGAGGGCCGCAGCCACACCACCUAAACCCAGAGUCCAGGCCCAGACCCUCCACGGUAACUCCACCUACACAGAAUCUUCUGUGUUCAAGUACUGCUUCAGAGAGGUCCGCAACGGCCAGUGCAGCUCACCUCUCCCAGGACUCAGGAGUCAGGACACCUGCUGCAGAGGGAUUGGACUGGCCUGGGGCAUCAACGAGUGUGUCCUAUGUCCCCCUAACACAGGAAAUGGAGUCGAUGGGAGCUGUCCGGCUGGAUUUGAGAGGAUCAACGGCACCCAGUGUGUUGAUGUUAAUGAGUGUUUGCAGCCAGGCUUCUGUGAGAACGGGAACUGUGUGAACACUCGGGGGAGCUACAGUUGUGUCUGCAGGCAAGGAUACAUACUGGACGCCUCUCACGGGAUCUGUAUCUCCCAUAAGGUGAUCUCGGAGGAUAAGGGCCAGUGCUAUCGUAUCCUGAGCUCUGGCUCUGGCCCUGGUAGCUGCUACGUGCCUAUCCUUAGGAACAUCACCAAGCAGAUCUGCUGCUGCAGCCGCGUGGGCAAGGCCUGGGGCAAGAACUGUAAGAGGUGUCCCUACUUUGGAUCAGUUGCUUUCAAGGAGAUCUGCCCGCAGGGCGCUGGCUACCACUACUCUGCCUCUGUCAUUCCAGUUCAACCAGAGGUUGCUGGAGCAGCAUGGGACUGGAGGUCCACCUGUCAUAUCCCAGAGAACGGGACAGACAGGCCACAACAACCAGCCAGUAGUGGUGCACAGACUCCCAAACUAGUCACCAACAAUCUUCAGGCUCUCUCACUCCCCAAACCAGGCCUCAAACACAGGUAUCACUACUCUGCUCACAACUCCGACCGACACCAACAGCCAGGUGGUGGAGGCUCCCUGUCCUCCCAGGGCAGACCACACAUCCCAACCAGCUCUGUUUACAGCAGACCCACCCGGGUGUUUGACAGCUGUGAGAAUGACAAUUCAUAUCAAGCUGCCUCUUCUCAACAAGCGGAAGCUCUGAUGUGUCUAGACAUUCUCAGUAAAUGUUUAGGUCCGGUUUUGGUUUCUCCAGCUCGGCCCCCCACUCAGACCCAAUGGCCUCCAGUUGACCGACGGCCAGUAUCUCCAGUGAGACCCGUCCAGCCCCUCCCAUCUCUAGUCACGCCCCGCCCACCCAUCCCCAGGCCAGUGCGGGGUGUGUGUGAGACCAUGCCCCAGGUGUGUGGACAGGGCCGUUGUGUGGACCAGCCCGGAGAGAGACAUACCUGCAUCUGUAACGAGGGAUACCAACUCAACGCUCAGCAGACUCGGUGUCAAGACAUAGACGAGUGCACGGCGUCUUCUCCGCCCUGCGGAAGCGGCCGCUGCCAGAACACAGAAGGGGGCUACAGGUGCAGCUGUCCCUCUGGAUACCAGCCGGGACCCCAGGGCACCAGCUGUAUAGAUGUCAAUGAGUGCCUCCACACCCCCAGUCCCUGUUCCGUUGGGGAGUGUGACAAUACACCAGGCGGCUACAGGUGUGUGUGUCCUGCUGGUUUCAGAGCCAACUUCCAACAGACGCAGUGUCAAGAUAUUGACGAGUGUCGGCAGGUUCCGAACCCCUGUAACAACGGCCGCUGUGAGAAUAGCCCUGGUAGCUUCAAGUGUGUCUGCCGCACUGGGUACAAGCUAGAGGGCAACACGUGUAAAGAUGUGGAUGAGUGUGAGGACCCCUUGAGGUGUCCUGUUCAGGCCUGUGUCAACUCUCCAGGAUUAUACAAGUGUGUGUCUUGCCCGCCAGGCUUUGGCCUGCUCAACGAACAAUGCUCAGAUGUUGACGAGUGCCGUCAGACCCCCAGCCUUUGCACCAAUGGUCGUUGUGAGAACACUCCUGGGAGCUACAGGUGUGUUUGCCACACAGGAUACAAACUACAAGGCAAGACCUGCACAGAUGUGGAUGAGUGUGAGGACCCUUUGAGGUGUCCUGGUCAGGCCUGUGUCAACUCUCAGGGUUCUUACAACUGUGUGUCCUGCAAGCCAGGCUUCAGCAUGAUCAAUGGACAAUGCUCAGAUAUAGAUGAGUGUGGUCAGACCCUCAGCCCGUGCACCACCGGUCACUGUGAGAACACCCAGGGUAGCUACAGCUGUACGUGUGUCACUGGCUACAGACUACACGGUGAUACCUGUAGAGACGUGGAUGAAUGUGCAGACCCGUCCCAGUGCCCUGGCCAGGAGUGUGUGAACUCCCUGGGCUCAUACAAGUGUGUGUCCUGCAAGCUAGGCUUUAGGCUGGUCGACAGACACUGCACAGAUGUUGACGAGUGCCUCCACAUCCCCACUCCCUGUGCUUACGGCCGUUGUGAGAAUACGGCUGGAAGCUACAAGUGUGCGUGCCGAUCUGGCUUCAGGCUACAGGGCAACACCUGCGGAGAUGUGGAUGAGUGUGAGAACGCUCUGCAGUGUCCUGGUCAGGAGUGUAUCAACUCUGAGGGCUCCUUCAAAUGUGUGGCAUGUAGCCCAGGCUUUGAGGCUGGAAACAGACAGUGUACAGAUAUCGAUGAGUGCCGCCAGACCUCCAACCUAUGUGCCAACGGUCGCUGUGAAAACACCCCGGGUAGCUACCAGUGUGUUUGUCGCACCGGGUUCAAACUACAGGACAGCAUCUGUAUUGACAUUGAUGAAUGUGAAGACCCCUCACAGUGUCCUGGGCAACGGUGUGUGAAUUCUGAAGGCUCCUACAAGUGUGUCGCCUGCAAAGCUGGCCACGGUAUGCAAGAUGGGUUAUGCGCAGAUGUGGAUGAAUGCCAGAGCCCUGACACCUGUGGUGUAGCGAGGCUGUGCGUGAACACGGACGGCUCCUACCGCUGUGACUGUCAGCCAGGCUACAGAACCGCUGGCCUCGGACGCCAGUGUAGAGACGUCAAUGAGUGUCUCGAGGGGGAGUACUGCUUCCCCAAGGGAGAGUGUGUGAACACAGAGGGCUCCUACCGCUGUGUGUGCUCCCAGGGAUACACCACCAGCAGCAACGGAAGCUCCUGCCUGGAUGUGGAUGAGUGUGCCAGGUCAGGCCCGGGGGCGUGCCAGGAUGGGCGCUGUGUCAACACAGAGGGCUCCUACCAGUGCCAGUGCCAAGUGGGAUUCACCACCAACCCAGAGAAGACAGCCUGUCUGGAUGUAGAUGAGUGCUCAGAGGGAGCAGUGUGUCGGUCACAACGUUGUGAGAACACCAUUGGCUCCUACCGCUGUAUCACCUCCUGUGAGCCGGGCUACCGGGUCACCCGCACCGGAGAGUGCGUCGAUAUCAAUGAGUGUGCCAAUGAAACCGUAUGCGGGGAGCAUGCAUUCUGCCAGAACCUAAUUGGAACAUACCAGUGCAUGUGUGACCAGGGCUACACAGCCACCAGCGAUGGGAAGGGAUGUGUGGAUGAAAACGAGUGUGAGACUAUGCAGGGCGUGUGUGGCGCGGCGCACUGUGAGAAUGUGGAUGGCUCCUUCAUGUGUGAGUGUCCAGGAGAGGGGGAGGAGUUUGAUACGCGCUCAGGACAGUGCCUCAGCACACCCCGACCAGGUCGUCCAGCAUUCCCUGGCGGCGGCUCCUCUUCUUCGUCUUCCUCCACCACCGGUCUCGGUCCCCAGCGUUGGCUCGAUGCGUCCCAGCUGCCCCCUGCCCGGCCUGGCGAGUUGAGGGAGUGUUACUACAACACCGAGGAGCAGAGCUCGUGCAGCGUGCUGGCCCGCAACACCACCCAGCAGGAGUGCUGCUGCACCGUGGGCCAGGGCUGGGGCAUGGGCUGCCAGUAUGACCCCUGUCCUCAGCUAGGCACAGCCGAGCACCAGGCGUUGUGCCCCAGCGGACGAGGAUAUGUUACCGGGCCAGGAGCAUUUAGCUACAAAGAUGUGGAUGAGUGUAAGCUGUUCCACCCUGAGGUGUGUAAGAGCGGUGUAUGUGUCAACAACAUCCCUGGCUACUCCUGCUACUGCACCAUUGGCUACUACUACGACGACGUGUUUCUGGAGUGCAUCGAUGUUGAUGAGUGUGAGGCAGGGGAGGACAGCUGUCCAGGGGGAAUCUGCCUCAACAUAUUAGGCUCAUACUUCUGUACCUGCGAGCCCCCUCUUGUGUUGGACGACACUCGGCGCAGCUGUGUCAAUUCCACUGGCCUCGCCGUGGAUGAGAACCUAUCGUUCUGCUGGGAGUAUGUCACAGCAGACCUAGUGUGUCAGAGCCCCCUGCUGGGCAGACAGGUCACCUUCACUGAGUGCUGCUGUCUGUAUGGAGAGGGCUGGGGACUGCAGUGUGCUCUGUGUCCUGCCAGAGACUCAGAGGACUAUGACGCUCGCUGUAACGUCUUCCUGAGGCUCCCAGAGUUUCCUCCCCCCUUCCCUGACCGCUACGGGCCGGACCCAGGGCCAGGACCCGGCAGAGGAGGAGAGGGAGGAGGAGGAGGAGUGGGGUAUCGCGUGCCCUAUGGACCGAACUCCUUCCCAGACCCCAUCCCCCGCAGGCCUGAGUACCCCCAGCCUGACUAUGACGACUACACACCACCAGGGGGCAGCAGGUCUGGCUUCAGAAGCAGAACGCCCAGCACCUUCAGCAUCCCAGAGAGCCCAUACAGACGGCCCUCAGGAUACAUUGUGUUACUGANCUGCUGCACCGUGGGCCAGGGCUGGGGCAUGGGCUGCCAGUAUGACCCCUGUCCUCAGCUAGGCACAGCCGAGCACCAGGCGUUGUGCCCCAGCGGACGAGGAUAUGUGACUGGGCCAGGAGCGUUUAGCUACAAAGAUGUGGAUGAGUGUAAACUGUUCCACCCUGAGGUGUGUAAGAGCGGUGUAUGUGUCAACAACAUCCCUGGCUACUCCUGCUACUGCACCAGUGGCUACUACUACGACAACGUGUUUCUGGAGUGCAUCGAUGUUGAUGAGUGUGAGGCAGGGGAGGACAGCUGUCCAGGGGGAAUCUGCGUCAACACAUUAGGCUCACACUUCUGUACCUGCGUGCCUCCUCUUGUGUUGGACGACACUCAGCGCAGCUGUGUCAAUUCCACUGGCCUCGCCGUGGAUGAGAACCUGUCCUUCUGCUGGCAGUAUGUCACACCAGACCUGGUGUGUCAGAGCCCCCUGCUGGGCGGACAGGUCACCUUCACUGAGUGCUGCUGUCUGUAUGGAGAGGGCUGGGGACUGCAGUGUGCUCUGUGUCCUGCCAGAGACUCAGAGGACUAUGAGGCUCGAUGUAACGUCUUCCUGAGGCCCCCAGAGUUUCCUCCCCCCUUCCCUGACCGCUACGGUCCGGACCCAGGGCCAGGUAGAGGAGGAGGGGGGGGGUAUCGCCUGCCAUAUAGACCGGACUCCUUCCCAGACCCCAUCCCCCGCAGGCCUGAGUACCCCCGGCCUGACUAUGACGACUACACACCACCAGGGGGGAGCAGGUCUGGCUUCAGAGGCAGAACGCCCAGCACCUUCAGGGUCCCAGAGAGCCCAUACAGACGGCCCUCAGGAUACAUUCCUGAGCGGCACUAUGACGAGGACGACUACGGCCCGCCUGAUGCUCCUCCGAGACCCCAUUUCCGGACCCUCCCAGACCCUCGUUCUGAGCUUGCCUUUGGGGCGCGACCCCUUCCCCCCAUCCAAGAGGGCCUCCCUCUGAGUCUGGCCCCCCUCCCGGACAGUGACCCCUAUAGUGAGGAGGAGAGGCCAGAACCCUGGCGUGUGGGACCCCCUUUCCCUCCGUUCCCUGACAGACAGGGGCCAGGUGGUGGUGGUGGACCACGGAGAGUCUAUGAGAGACGAUAUGAGCCGUAUGCAGGCCUGAGCACAGAGGACUGUGGGAUACUGCACGGCUGUGAGAACGGCAGGUGUAUCCGGGUGGCGGAGGGAUACACGUGUGACUGCUACGAGGGCUACGAGCUGGACAUGACCUCCAUGGCCUGCAUAGACAUCAAUGAAUGUGUGGAUCCUGACAACGCGUGUGCGAACGGCCAAUGCAUCGACACAGACGGCUCCUAUCGCUGUGUGUGUCACCGCGGCUACGUCAUGUCUCGUCGGCCCAACCGCUGUGUGGCGGCAUAACACAGCUACUACUUUGAACAUUGUCUUCCCCCACUCAUCAGUCCUAUCUGCUACUGGGGAAGUGUUCCAUCUGGCCUAUACACGCUCUGUCAGGGGCUCACGAAAGUACCUGUCCAUUUUCUGACCUGAGAGAGAAGCUGAGAGGGUUGUUCUCUGAAGAAAACGUCAACUUACUAACUGACGUACAGUGUCUGAGAUAGAUUUGAGUCCAUAUCACUCUGAUAUUAAUACGGUUUGAGUUCUAUACAGCACACACAACUCAUUAUACAUACACAUGAGCUCAACUAAGCACAGACACUCGAGACUGCUAUUUUAAGCAGGUAAAUAAAUAUGUCCAUUCGCCAAACCUUUCCUUUGAUGUUGAAAUGCAUAGUUGUGAAAAAGAGGUUAACGUACAUUGUGCAGAAUCCUAACGAUAAGAACACGUAUCUAAAGGUAGGAUCCAGCCCAUUGAGAUUGCUCACUUUGAGCUCGAUCAUGAUCAACACACCGUGUUCUAUGUCUAGACCAGAGGCAGACAGGAACCAUUGAAUGGAGCCAGUGUAGUCUCUAAGAUAAAGACGACAAGCUACUGCCACAGACGAGCAGAGCCUUUGUCUAAGACAGAAUCUCUGUCUGUGGAUGUUUUGUUAACGAACGCUCUCUUCAGCUGGAAUGUACAGAAAACACAUCACGACAUCGCUGAACCAAAUGUCUAUUCCUCUAAAAUGUCAGUGACUUGUAUUCUCUCCAUUUGUUGAUUUUACAAGCCCACUGAUGUUUAUGAUUGCUUCUUGUAUUAAUUUAUGCUGUUUAAAGUUAAGUUGCUCUUUAUGUAUUGAUAACUUUUAUUAUUUUAUAGAAAUGUAUAUGCGGACGAGGAAGCUACACAUCACUGACGUGUCUGUACAUUUACUUCUUUAGACUUUUGUAGCCAAUUUGGAUUUUUUAUUUUUUUUACAUGAGAAUCGAAUGUACCUGAAAACUGAUAUAAGAUAGUUGACUUUGUAUUCACAAUUUGAAAUGUUGUUUGUGUGAUCAAAACACAAUCAGUGAUAAAAUACCAUGUACAUAUUUACAAUUGAGAACUUUUUUACCAAAUGGUAUCUGUUUCAGUGAGUAGAACCUUCUCUGUAAAUGUUCCUACUUCCUGAUGUAGUUUACAAGCUGAAACAAACCCGAAAGCAUUUCCACCUUUCAGCACCUAAAGAUGUAUAACACUAUGCACUGUAUUUGUGGAUGACGUAGCUGUUGUGUACUUUUUACUCACAACUUUGUACAUUUUUUAAAUUUGUUUCAGGUAUUUGUUAAUUGUUUUGUCAGUGAUUUUUGUAUCAUUAUUGCUAUGAAAACUAUUUGAAAAUAUAUUUCCAAGUGGC